AGUUAAUCAUUGAAAUGUCGACGACGUGAAUGGAUUUUUCUUCAUUUCUCAAUCGGAACUUGUCUGUCUUGCUUUAGUUGGCGAGGUUGGACUUGCGAGAUUGAUAAACGUGGUUCGUAGCUUUGAUAUUCGUGUUGAGAGUGGAGAAAACGACGAAUUGAAGUGAAAGUUGUCAGACUAAUUUUGAGUCUGUGAUUUGAUAUCAUCAAGAGUUGGAGUUUGGCCAUUGCAAAGUGGUCGUUGACUAUUGCACGUGGAGAAGGCUUGAAGGCGUGAGGCUGUGGAGCAUCAAUGACAUCCUCAUUUCCUUAUGGAUCUGGUACGUGUGACGUUGGCGUGUGGACUAGAGAAAUGGGCGUGGCAAUAGCUGUUGUGAACUGAUAGCCGCCAUGCAAGACCCUGAUGCCGGUGUUCCACUCGGCGAGCACAAGAAUGGAGUGAAAACAUACAAAGACUGUUUUGCUGUUGUGAGUUAAUUGAGUGGUUGUUGUCGUUGUCGUUUGUCACAAUGAGGGAGGAAGGAUGUCAAUUAGCAAACGGUCUCUUGAAUGAAGCGUAUCUACAGCCGGUGGGAGGGUUGAAUAAAGAGUCGUUCAAGAAGCAUUCGCAUUGGAAGAAGUUGGCGUUUGUGGAUGGUGUAGGAGCUUUUUAUAGAUUUCCAGUAGAACAGUGUUUCAGUACAUUGUCCAGAAAUGCAGAAUUGACCAGUUCAGAGACAGACUCGCGUUCUGAAUGUGGCAUGCAGACACAGUGUGGCACUUCAACAAUGGUUCAGUCAGGUGGAAAAAUUGUGGAAACAACAAGGCAAGGAUUCUUAAUGAAAAAGGGACAUCGGAUACACAACUGGAAAGCGAGAAAGUCUGUAUUGCACAAGGGUGCAUGUGGUUUGCUGUAUUAUCAAGGAUCUAAGUUGAUCAGAGCAAAUGAAAGAAAUUGGAGACUAUUUGUUCUCACUCGAAAUGGCAACAGCUCAAUACGUGUUGUGACAUUGGUGAGAGUUUGGUUUUGUGGAAGACUCUGGCAGUAGCCGAUGGAGACAACCAACCUGUCGAGUGGCUAUCAAUCCAGCCAGUAGACCUCGACGCGAUCAUUCCCGACUUCAUCGAAUACAGAAAGAAAUGCAAUUGUGAUGACUUGAUGAAAGGCAAUUUGUGUUGCAAAACUCUGACACAUCAGAGUGGAUCAAUGACGUUCUGUAUUGCCUGUUGUGGAUGGAGACUUGAACUUGACAAGUUGGACAACAGAGUUGUUGCUGUACACUACAAGAGUGCACGUGUCAGUCCACGUAUGCAGCUGUUCCAUGAUGUUGUGUCAUUAAGACUUGUCCAUGCGUUCUCGGCGCUAUACGAGUAGCUAUUAGGUACAGCAUCAUGUGACUUGCACUGGCGGUAUGUGUGGCUAUCAUUACACAGGAUCUUGUUGGUUGAUCUUACUCACAUAGGGAGUAAAGCCUUAGGGGUGUGUGGUGUGUGUGUGUGUGUGUGUGUGUGUGUGUGUGUGUG